AUUAAAAAUUAAGAAAUCAGCCAUUUUCGAAUGAUAUUGUAAUGUGUUCAUCAUUCCACUUGAAAGAAUAAUGUUGUUUUACGUUAAUCAUUUUUUGAGUUGAAAGUGAAUUAUUGUAUUUUUCUCCAAUAUACAUUACUCGAUUAGCUACGUUAAACUCGUCAGCACGAAACUUUUAUUACACAUAACACUUCAUCAGACAUUAAUCAAUAUCACUACACAAAGAAAUAUUAAUAAUUAUAAGACACAAAUUGCAUACUAAAACACAUAGAUAAUUUGUUAUUGUUUAAAUUGUUUAAUAGAAAUAAAAAUGAAUAACACAAAAUUCUGUACUUUUAUUAGCUCCGAAAAAUACGGCGAAAUAUCAAGCGACAAUUGCGAAACGAUUAACUUCAAAAUGGCGUUUCGAACUACAGCAAUCGUGCGAUCUACAGGUUCUUUGGCGUCGGGCUCGACUUUGCUGGACACUUUACCACCGAGACUAAAGCGUGGACGGCGACCUAAACAACCCAAAAAAGAUGAAAAACUGGUGGACAAGGUAUUGGCUGCUGUUCAACGUGGACAUGGCGAACCUGCUUUGUACGCUUCAACUACCAAGGGAGGAAUGAAACUUAUAUACGAAGGGCACCAUUUUCGUUUUACAUUCCGUCGGGGCACAUAUUCCAUUUUCCAAUGUUGUUACAAAGAAAAUAUGCAAGAGUGUAAAGUACGUGUUGUCACUGAUCAAAAGCGCGUUUUUCCGUUAGACGGAGAACAUGUUCAUUUCAUGCAGGCCACAGAUAGGAGUGUAACCUCUAUGACAUUUGAACCAGAUGGCCAAUUAGAUGAUGAUAGCAAGGAACUUGAACAAAAUGAUACGUUUGAUGAGUAUGAAAUACAGGUAACGGACUCGGUGCAAACCAAUCAACUGCAAGCAUUGGAGUUCGAUGAUUCGCAGGAGUUUUUGACUGAGCCAAAAGACGAUAAUGACGCGGUUCCCUCAGACACUAAUGAUUUCCGAGAGAAAAUAAAGCGACGCCUACAGAAAGCGCUCUUAGGCAAAAAGAAAUGAUGUAUUAAUCGAUUUGGUCAACAUAAAUCCAUACAUAUAUUAAUAUAAUUUUUCAUUUGAAUAUACAUAUACAUGUACACAGAAAAUUUGAUUAUAAUCAUAAUCAUAAAGUGCCUUUAGUGUAGUACAGUGUUACUCAAAUUUACAAUAAAUAUGAUAAAAAAUAUGUGAGAACCUA